UUGGCUGCGACUGCGGAGUUCCGCGCCCGGGGCGUGCGGGCGGCGGCGGCCGAGGCGGCCCCGGUCGGGGCAGCGUCCACGCGCGCUGUCUGGGCGGGUGCGGCGGGGGAUGUGCCUGCCCAGCCGGGCGGGGUCUGUCUGACAGGGCGGGGGAUGCGCGGCGGCCGCUCUCCCGGACCCUGAGGCGGCUGGGCCCACCCUCCCGGAACCGUCCGGCCCUCGGCGGCCCCGGCCUCUGCCGUCGCCUCCGGCUCGACCCCGGGGGCCGCGGCGGGCGGCGGCUUCCGUCGACGAGCGGGGGGCUGAGGCGGCCGCCGCCGCGGCGGAGCCGAGGUUCCACGGCCGCGCAGCGCGCGUGGCGGGCUUCCCGGUAGCGGCGGCGUGGUGGGCGAAGUGCGUGUUGGAGCUGAGCUGUCACGAAGGAGACGAGCUGUCGCAUCAGGCGAUCAGUGCCGGCGAACGUUGGCAUCGGUGAAGGAUAAAGAGUUCUUUCUCGUGUGCUGAGAAGAUGGUCUGCAGAGUUCUGGAGACACACCGCCCGUGCUGAUGGGACAGGGUCCAAUAUGAGCGUGAGUGAUGGAGGGAGGCGACGCCUGGAGGAUAGUGAGCACACGUUACGGGUCUAUCCCGGGACCAUUUCAGAAGGGACCAUCUACUGUCCAGUCCCGGCUAGGAAAAGCUCCACAGCUGCCGAGGUGAUCGACUGUCUUAUAGACAGACUUCGUCUUGACAAAACAAAAUGUUACGUGCUGGCCGAGGUAAAGGAAUUUGGGGGAGAAGAAUGGAUACUCAACCCAACAGACUGUCCAGUGCAGCGAAUGCUGCUGUGGCCUCGCAUGGCUCUGGAAAAUCGCCUGAGUGGCGAGGACUACCGUUUCCUUCUGAGAGAGAAAAACCUCGAUGGGUCUAUCCACUACGGUAGCCUGCAGUCAUGGCUGCGGGUGACAGAGGAGCGGCGCAGGAUGAUGGAGCGGGGUUUUCUUCCUCAGCCACAACAGAAAGAAUUUGAUGACUUGUGUAGUUUACCUGAUUUGAAUGAGAAAACUCUCUUAGAAAAUCUACGAAAUCGCUUUAAGCAAGAAAAAAUUUAUACCUAUGUUGGCAGUAUUCUAAUAGUUAUUAACCCAUUCAAGUUUCUUCCUAUUUAUAACCCCAAGUAUGUCAAAAUGUACGAUAACCACCAGUUGGGCAAGCUUGAGCCGCACAUUUAUGCCGUGGCGGAUGUAGCUUACCACGCCAUGCUGCAGCGCCGGAGAAACCAGUGCAUUGUCAUUUCCGGAGAGAGUGGUUCUGGGAAGACUCAAAGCACGAACUUUCUUAUUCACCAUCUGACUGCUCUAAGUCAGAAAGGUUUUGCCAGUGGGGUAGAACAAAUUAUUCUUGGAGCCGGACCAGUGCUGGAGGCCUUUGGAAAUGCGAAGACAGCUCAUAAUAACAAUUCAAGUCGCUUUGGCAAGUUUAUUCAAGUCAAUUACCAGGAAACAGGCACAGUACUUGGUGCCUAUGUUGAAAAAUACCUACUGGAGAAGUCCAGACUCGUUUACCAAGAGCAUAAUGAACGGAACUACCAUGUAUUCUAUUACCUCCUGGCAGGCGCAAGUGAAGAAGAGAGGUUAGCAUUCCACCUUAAACAGCCAGAAGAGUAUCACUAUCUCAAUCAGAUAACAAAGAAACCCCUCAGACAGAGCUGGGAUGAUUAUUGCUAUGACUCUGAGCCGCAGGAUUGCUUCACGGUGGAGGGGGAAGAUUUGAGGCAUGACUUUGAACGCCUACAGCUGGCCAUGGAAAUGGUAGGAUUUCUUCCCAAGACGCGAAGACAGAUCUUCUCUCUUCUCUCAGCAAUACUGCAUUUGGGUAAUAUCUGUUACAAGAGGAAGACAUACCGGGAUGACUCCAUUGAUAUCUGUAAUCCUGAAGUUCUGCCUGUUGUCUCAGAAUUAUUAGAAGUUAAAGAAGAGAUGCUGUUUGAAGCAUUAGUUACACGGAAGACAGUGACAGUGGGAGAAAAGCUUAUUUUGCCGUACAAGUUGGCAGAGGCUGUGACGGUGAGGAACUCCAUGGCUAAAUCUCUGUACAGUGCCCUGUUUGACUGGAUAGUUUUUCGAAUUAACCAUGCACUUCUGAAUAGUAAAGAUUUGGAGCACAAUACCAAGACUUUGUCCAUUGGUGUUCUUGAUAUUUUUGGAUUUGAAGAUUAUGAAAAUAAUAGCUUUGAACAGUUCUGUAUUAAUUUUGCUAAUGAACGUUUACAACACUACUUUAAUCAGCACAUCUUCAAAUUGGAGCAAGAGGAAUAUAGAAUGGAAGGAAUCAGCUGGCAUAAUAUAGAUUAUAUUGAUAAUAGCUGUUGUAUCAAUCUCAUUAGCAAAAAACCAACAGGACUGCUGCAUCUUUUGGAUGAAGAAAGCAACUUUCCACAGGCUACAAAUCAAACAUUGCUAGACAAGUUUAAGCAUCAACAUGAAGAGAAUUCUUACAUUGAAUUUCCAGCAGUAAUGGAGCCUGCUUUCAUCAUAAAACAUUAUGCUGGGAAAGUAAAAUAUGGGGUAAAGGAUUUCCGGGAGAAAAACACAGACCACAUGCGCCCGGACAUUGUAGCUCUGCUGAGGAGCAGUAAGAAUGCAUUUAUCUCUGGGAUGAUUGGCAUCGAUCCUGUUGCUGUUUUCCGAUGGGCAGUUCUCCGAGCUUUUUUCAGAGCUGUGGUUGCACUCAGGGAAGCUGGGAAAAGACACAUCCAGAGGAAAACUGGACAUGAUGAUACAGCGCCAUGUACAGUUUUGAAAAGCAUGGAUAGUUUUAGCUUUCUGCAACACCCAGUCCACCAGAGGAGCUUAGAGAUUCUGCAGAGGUGCAAGGAAGAGAAGUACAAUAUAACCCGGAAAAGUCCCAGAACACCUCUUUCUGAUCUCCAGGGCAUGAAUGCUCUGAAUGAAAAAAACCAGCAUGAUACGUUUGAUAUUACCUGGAAUGUCAGAACUGGGAUUCGCCAGAGCAGACUGUCAAGUAGUACUUCUUUGCUUGAUAAAGAUGGAGUAUUUGCGAAUUCAGCCAGCAGCAAACUUCUGGAGAGAGCCCAUGGGAUUCUCACGAGGAGCAGAAAUUUCAAGUCCAAGCCUGUUCUUCCAAAGCACUUGUUGGAGGUCAGCUCUCUGAAGCACCUGACAAGUCUGACUCUGCAGGACCGCAUAACCAAGUCCCUGCUGCAUCUGCACAAGAAGAAGAAGCCUCCGAGCAUCAGCGCCCAGUUCCAGGCCUCCUUAAGCAAACUGAUGGAGACACUUGGUCAAGCAGAACCGUAUUUUGUAAAGUGUAUUCGCUCUAACGCUGAAAAGUUGCCCUUAAGAUUCAGUGAUGCCUUGGUACUCAGACAGCUUCGAUACACUGGGAUGUUGGAGACAGUCCGAAUCCGUCAGUCAGGAUACAGCUGCAAAUAUUCUUUCCAGGAUUUUGUGAGCCACUUCCACGUGCUUCUUCCCCGAAAUAUUAAUCCAUCAAAAUUUAACAUUCAGGAUUUCUUCAGGAAAAUAAAUCUUAAUCCAGAUAAUUAUCAAGUUGGAAAAACCAUGGUCUUCCUAAAGGAGCAGGAGCGACAGCACCUACAAGACCUGCUUCACCAGGAGGUGCUGCGCAGGAUCGUGCUUCUGCAGCGCUGGCUCCGGGCCUCGCUGUGUAGGCAGCACUUCCUCCGCCUGAGACACGCAUCCAUCAUUAUCCAGCGUUUCUGGAGGAGUUGCCUCACUCAGAAGCAGGCGCGGGGUGAAGCUUUGCUGGAAGAUGCUGCGGCUUUGGCCAGUGCGGCUGCUCGUCUGCAGGCUUCCUGGCGUGCGCAUUCGGAGCGGCAGCGCUACUUAGAGCUGCGAGCUGCAGCCGUGGUCAUCCAGCAGUGGUGGAGGGAGCACCGGAGACGCAGACACAGGGCCGCUGUGUGCAUACAGGCGAGGUGGAGAGGUUACAGGCAAAGCAAGCAGUACCAAGAGCAGAGGAGCAAAAUUAUCCUCCUGCAGUCAACAUGUAGAGGAUUCAGAGCAAGGCAGAGAUUCAAAGCGUUAAAAGAGCAGAAACUUAAAGAAGCAAAGCUAGAACUUGGAUUGGUGAGCACAAGGGCAUAUGGAGCUCUGGAAAUUCAGGGCUCAGACCCUUCCAGCUGGGAGGAUUGCUCCUUUGACAGCAGAGUGAAAGCCGUAGAGGAAUGUAAGUCUGUGGUAGAGAGGAAUCGCCCCCGCCGUGAAGGCUCAGUGGACUGCUCCAGGGAGUCCCCAAACAUGCGGCAGGAGAGAGCCAGAAGCCAGAGUGGUGUGGACUUGCAGGGAGACGUGGUGGUAAGAGAACGGCCCAAGUCCUUGGAGGACCUGCAUCAGAAGAAAGCAGGCCGGGCCAAAAGAGAGAGUCGGAGAAUGAGAGAACUAGAGCAAGCUAUAUUUAGCCUGGAAUUGCUGAAAGUCCGUUCUCUGGGAGGUGUGUCUCCUUCCGAGGAGCGCAGGUGGUCUACGGAGUUGGUGCCUGAAGGCCUGCCCUCUCUGCAGGGCACACCUGAUAGUGAAAGCUCUCAAGGAAGCUUGGAGCUUCUGAGCUGUGAGGAAACCCAGAAAGGCAAACCAGAGUCUGUGAUUGUAGAUGGAGGAGAUCUGCAGAUUCCAGCACCUGCAGUAUCUAGCAGUCCAAAAGCUGACACACAGGACUACACCCGCAGCACCUCCAGUGAGCUGAGCCGUGUGUCUCUUCACAAGGGAGUGCCUGUAGACUCAGCGCCCUCGCAGGGUGACUCUGGGGAGGAGAAGCCGGUCUGCCGCUCUGAACCUGUUACCUGCAAGCCACAGCCGAGAGACCUGUUUAUUUCCAGUAGUCUGCCUACUUUUUUUUAUAUUCCCCAUCAAGACCCACUAAAAACAAGUUCCCAAGUAGACACAAGCACCCAAAGAAACAAAGUGUUAAAAAGUGAAGACACGCAGGGGACAGUUCUUCCUUUCGACGUCAGCAGGGAAGCUGAAAAGCAUCGCUUCUCAGGAGAAGAGCACAUUACUCCUUUUGUGAAGACAGAAUCUGCCAGUACUGUGCUUAAGAAGUUAGAAAAGCUGAACUCGGAGAAGGAAGAAAGGCAAAAGCAGUUGCAGCAGCAGAAUGAGAAAGAGAUGAUGGAGCAGAUCCGCCAACAGACAAAUAUCCUAGAGAAGGAGCGUAAAGCCUUCCAGACCUUGGAGAAGCCAAGAACUGGAGAGUCCUUCCUGGCCCCGUCUUUCUGUCUUUCCAAGCAAAGAACGGAGAGGCCGUCCUCCCUACUCAUCCCAAAUGUCCCAAAUAAGGGAGAACCUGGUGCAGGAGGAUCCCCAUCAGUAACUGUAAAAGAUACAGCUCUUGCCCCAAAAGACAGUUGCUCUGCUCACCUAGCCUCGAAGGACAGACCUGUGACUCUGUUCUUUGAAAGAAAAGGAGCCCAGUGCCAAUCUGGUGGUGUCACGGAAUCAUCUCAGACAGACAGAAUGGGCACCCAACAAAGUAUAGCCUGUAAACCCUCCAAUAAUCGCGUUUCAAAAAGAGAGCACCUUAGGCCGACUCCGUCUUCUGGCCACACGUCUGAUGACCCUUCCAGAGAGGGAACCACCAGGGCCAUUUUCUUUACACCGAAGGACAGUGUGAAUAUGCCCCUUGUCAACAGAGAAGCCUUAAACAGUGAAAACCCUCACGUACAUAGGAAAGAGGAACCAACUUGGAAACCUGUGAAGUUAACUGGGCCUGGCCAAGGAGAGGUUGCCAGACCGGCCCAUAAAAAGAAAGCUCGAAUGGCGCGGACGCGCUCCGAUUUCUUGACUAGAGGUACUUUUGCCGAUGGGGAGGGGGAUACAGAGGAAGAUGAUUUCGAUGACAUUAUUGAGCCCCUUCUCUCCCUUGACCAAGCUUCUCACUCUGAGCUAGGGUCUGCAUCCAGCCUGGGGCAGGCCUCUCACAGUGACUCCGAAAUGACAUCACAGAGAUUUUCUGCAAUUGAUGAACAAGCAAAGCUUCAUAAGACUAUGUCCCAAGGAGAGAUUACGAAGUUGGCAGUGAGACAGAAAGCUUCAGAUUCGGAUAUAAGACCUCAGAGAGCUAAGAUGCGAUUCUGGGCCAAAGGGAAACCAGGGGAGAGGAAGAUGGCCAGAGUGAAGCCUGCCCCACAGUUGGAUGUCUCCUCACAUCUGUGUCCAGACGAAUUACCUCAGUAUCAUCCAACACCUCCUUUGAGCCCAGAACUGCCUGGCAGUUGCCGGAAGGAGUUCAAAGAAAACAAAGAACCUUCUCCAAAGGCGAAGCGCAAGCGGAGUGUGAAGAUCAGCAGUGUGGCUUUGGACUCUGUGCACUGGCAAAAUGACUCUGUUCAGAUCAUAGCAAGUGCCAGUGAUUUAAAGAGCAUGGAUGAAUUUCUUCUGAAAAAGAUGAAUGACUUAGAUAAUGAAGACAGCAAGAAGGAUACACUGGUGGAUGUUGUGUUUAAAAAAGCCCUGAAAGAAUUUCGGCAGAAUAUUUUCAGCUUUUAUUCGUCUGCAUUGGCGAUGGAUGACGGGAAAAGCAUACGGUACAAAGACCUCCACGCACUGUUUGAGCAGAUUCUGGAGAAGACCAUGAGGCUGGAGCAGCGUGACUGGAGUGAAUCUCCAGUGAGAGUUUGGGUCAAUACUUUCAAAGUGUUUUUAGAUGAAUAUAUGAAUGAAUUCAAGACCUUGGAUUGCACAGCCACAAAGGUACCAAAAACAGAAAGGAAGAAAAGAAGGAAAAAAGAAACUGAUUUGGUGGAGGAGCACAAUGGUCACAUCUUCAAGGCCACCCAGUAUAGCAUCCCUACAUACUGUGAAUACUGUUCUUCUUUGAUAUGGAUAAUGGACCGAGCCUCUGUUUGUAAAUUGUGUAAAUACGCCUGCCAUAAGAAGUGCUGUCUGAAAAGCUCAGCCAAGUGCUCUAAGAAGUAUGAUCCAGAACUGUCAUCGCGUCAGUUUGGGGUUGAGCUGUCGCGUUUGACCAGUGAAGACCGAGCUGUUCCGUUGGUGGUGGAGAAGCUUAUAAACUACAUUGAGAUGCACGGGCUGUACACGGAAGGCAUCUACCGGAAGUCUGGUUCCACUAAUAAAAUCAAGGAGCUUCGGCAAGGUCUAGAUACAGAUGCGGAGAGUGUAAACCUAGAUGACUAUAACAUACAUGUCAUCGCAAGUGUAUUCAAACAAUGGCUUCGGGACUUGCCCAAUCCACUCAUGACUUUUGAACUCUACGAGGAAUUUCUUCGAGCUAUGGGCCUUCAGGAGAGGAAGGAGACGAUCCGUGGGGUGUAUUCUGUGAUCGACCAGCUCUCUCGGACUCACCUCAACACACUGGAGCGCCUCAUCUUUCACCUGGUCAGGAUUGCUCUACAGGAGGACACAAAUCGAAUGUCUGCUAAUGCUUUGGCCAUUGUGUUUGCACCCUGCAUUCUCCGCUGUCCCGACACCACAGAUCCACUGCAAAGUGUGCAGGACAUCAGUAAGACCACCACCUGUGUGGAACUGAUUGUUGUGGAACAAAUGAAUAAAUACAAGGCUCGUCUCAAAGACAUCAGCAGCCUGGAAUUUGCUGAGAAUAAGGCAAAGACCAGGCUGUCACUGAUUCGUAGAUCCAUGAAACCUGUACUAAUUGCAGUUAGAUUUAUGAGCAUUACCCGCAGUUCAGUCUCGGGAAAGGGACGUAUCCGUCGAGGAAACCAUCCGAGCCCAUCCUCUCCCGUGGUGGUUCGGUUGCCUUCUGUGUCUGACGUCCCAGAGGAGCCGCUGACCAGCGAGGCAGCCCUGGACACUGAGCUCACCGAGCAGCAGCAGGCAGCCAUGCAGCAGGAGGAGAGGGUACUGACGGAGCAGAUUGAGAGCCUGCAGAAGGAGAAGGAGGAGUUGACGUUUGAGAUGCUCGUGCUGGAGCCCCGUGCCUCUGAUGAUGAGACCCUCGAGUCCGAAGCUUCCGUCGGGACAGCCGACAGCUCAGAGAAUUUGAACGUGGAGGCCGAGGGUGCUGUCUCCGAGAAACCAGAGAGAAGCUCCGCCCUUAGCUCCCUGAAGGCCUCCGGCAAGCUCGACCCUUCAGGCAAGUCGCGAAAGCCGCUCAGGAAGCAGCCGGCCUCUGUGGCUUCAGCGGACUGCUCGGCCCCUUCCUGUCCGUCCACCACCGCAUCAUCUCAUGGGACCAGAAAGCGGUUUCAGAUUUAUUCCAAAUCUCCCUUCUACCGAGCUGCCCCCGCCGGAGAGGCCCUGGAAGGAGCGCCGGGCCCGAGCAGAUCCCUGGAAGACAGGCCUCAGUUCAUCAGCAGAGGCACUUUCAACCCUGAAAAGGGCAAACAAAAGUUGAAGAAUGUGAAAAACUCACCUCAGAAAACCAAAGAGACCCCAGAGGGGCGCAGGAAGCCUGGGGACCCCGACGGCAGCUCCACACCACAGGUAGCGCUCUUUGGAAACCACGAGUUCAUGGUGUGACCUGGUGGCCGUGUGUCCUGUCAGCGCAUCCACGGCAGUCCCUCCUGCGUGCAGCCCCGCCUCUUGCCCGAGCACCUGGCUGCGACCUCUUGUACAAAGGGGAAGGCCUCUCGAGGCCUGCUGGGAACAGUGCCAGCCAGCCGCGGCUGCUAUGCGUGACUUGAGACCACACUAAAGCGAGCCACCUGAGCCUGGGCCCUGGGUUGGCUGUGUGUUCCUCUCCUCCACCCUCUCGGAGCCUGAGGGACCCUCGGACUUCUGACAUUGGAUGAAAAUGUAGACACCUUUGUCAACCAUGAAAGCAAAGCCUUUGGGUAUAUUUUGGGAUGGUUAGGAGCUGGGGUGUAUCUAAUUUUUCCCCAAGGUUUAUAAACAUAAUAUGUAAGCCCUCUAUUUUAAGAUUUUUUUGAAAAGCACUCCGUGGUGUAGUCUGGAGGAACAUGCAGUGUGUCCAUGAGGCGUUGGAGCGUGAGGAUGAGAGCACACGUGUUGUCUGUGCUGCUGGCGUGGCCAGCACUGCUGGCUCAGCUCCCGGACAGCCCCGUUCCACCCUGCUCCCUGGGCCAGCGUCAGAUGCCUCUCAGAGACCCAGGGUCCCAGCACAGGAAGCUUCUGCCCUGACCCCCACUUUACCUCUGUGCAGACCGAGCUGCAGCCACGCCCCGCCCACCACAGGUCCACACAGACUGCGACCUCCUGUCACGUCCCCAAACAGUCACGCACACCACUGCAUGAACAAAUGUUAGAAAGCUGCCAAAAUAUCUCCCUGAGUUUUUAAUGUGACCCCUCUAACUUCCGCCUUCCUUUCCUCAGACCGGCAGUAUUAAGUAGACGAGACAAGAAAUCCAGGACGACUUGAAGCUAUUUUUGUUAAUAUUCUGUGACUGAAGUUUACUGUAAAUAUCUGUGUAUAGGAUGCAUAUUUCUUUUUAACCGUGCGCUUCCCUCCUUCCUCACGGACUUUCUUCCCGCAGGUGGGGGCUGUGGCUGGGUUGAAGGAGGAGUAAGGCCAUUCUUGGUAACCGCCGGUGGUCCCCAUACACCUCAGUCAUAAUAAUGCUGUAAGCAUCUUAGCGUUUGUGGGAUUGGACAUGUUUUUGCUAUUUAUGAUUAUGAAAAAUGAAACAUGAUACCCUGGAGAUAAGUACAUGGAAAUGUUGAUUUGUAAAGUUACUAAAUGCAUCUGUCUAACCACCACACGCACUGCUCAGCCAGAGCCAGAGCCGUCUCUCACCCGAGGUUUGGUUUUUCCGCUUUCCCGACUUGCCUGUUUGCAAGUUAGGGGAAUCCUGUCUUCUGUUAAGGCAGAGCCCCGCUGUGCCCCAGCACCGAGCCUCUCGCCACUGCUCGGUGGUUCUGGGAGCCCCUCUGGGUGGCAGCUCUCCUGGCUGCGGCUGCCAGCUGGGCCUGGGCAAGGUGAGCCCCCUGGUCUCCAGAUGGUGAUGGUAACCGGGUCAGUGCUGAGUUCAUGCCCCACCGACGCCUGCCGUCCUGCCGUGGUGUUCCGGGGAGUCCUCGCGUGGGAAGCCUCUCUGCGAGGGACCCCAGCUGAGCUGUGCUGUGGCAGAUUGCGGGGACAGUGACGUGCUGCCCGGCGCUGUCACUCCCCACUCGCUCCACAGUGUUGCUGAAGCACCGUGGACAGAGGGCUCACCCUUGCUGGAUGCUUUGCUUUGGCCCGAGAACACCUCUUGGCACCCAGUCCUCCCUCGUAAAAUGUGUGUGGGCUUCGGCAGUUAAAACUACUUACACUAUAGGUCACUUUAUAGGAACUAGGUGAUGGAUGCUAAGAGACUUUAUAAUUUUGCUCAGGGACCUAAAACCUGAAUUUGGAUAAAAACUAAAUAAAAGCUAAUGUUUUCUCCA